GACGCUUCAUCGGUCCAUCCACCCCGCUGCCAUGUUGGAUUGAGGGAUCGUUGUUGCUGUGGGAGUUCGGGAUGAAAGUUUAUAUUGGGCAAUUUAGCGAGUAUUGACAACUUCAAACCGCCGUGCGGCCGCGGAGACGGAGGAUUAGUUACCGGAGAGCUCGUGCAGUGGGAGAAGACGGUCGCCGACGCCUCUCUGUUUGCGGAGUGCGGUUUCCAGGAUGAGCCGAGUGCAGGCCAUGAUGACCAGUGAUUGCACGUAUUUUACAUAAAAUACUCUUUCGGCAGACACCUGAACUAGUUGGCCUCUUCUCUUGGCAACAUGAGUGGACAUCAGCCUCAGAGGAGGGUGGCCAAUGUCGGCUCUUUGCUUCUCACCCCGCAAGAGAACGAGUGUCUCUUCAGCCACCUAGGCAGGAAAUGUAUCACUCUGUGUUCAGCAGUGGUCCAGGUGUAUGCAGCAGACAGGGGCCCGUCCUGGACCAAAAGAUGCUGCGGUGUGGCUUGCUUGGUGAAAGACAACCCUCAGAGGUCUUAUUUCAUCCGUGUGUUUGAUAUCAAGGAUGGCAAAGCUAAGUUUGAGCAGGAGCUCUACAAUAACUUUACAAGCAUUAGUUCCAGACCAUACUUUAUUGCAUUCGCAGGAGACUCUUGUCAGAUCGGCCUGAAUUUCGCCAGUGAAGAGGAGGCAAAACGGUUCCGUGUUACACUUAAUGAACUGCUCAGCAGACGACAGAAGAAAACCGAGAAAAGGCGUGAUCCUCCAAAUGGCCCCACGUUGCCAAUGGCAACGGUGGACAUCAAGAACCCAGAGAUAAACAAUGUGCGCUUCCACAACAAUUCCCACAUGAACAACAUGGUGCACAGUAGCCUUAACAAGAAAGAGAAAAAGGUGAAGGGCAAGAGGAAGAAACUGACAAAGGCGGAUAUUGGGACACCCAGCAACUUCCAGCACAUUGGCCAUGUGGGCUGGGAUCCGAACACAGGCUUUGACCUGAAUAACUUGGACCCAGAACUGAAGAACUUGUUUGACAUGUGUGGCAUCUCUGAAGCCCAGCUCAAAGACAAGGAAACAUCUAAAGUGAUUUAUGACUUUAUUGAGAAGAAGGGAGGUGUGGAGGCUGUGAAGAAUGAGCUGAGAAGACAAGCACCUCCACCUCCUCCAUCACGUGGUGGUCCACCUCCCCCACCCCCUCCACACACUUCUGGACCUCCUCCUCCACCUCCCCCUGCCCGUGGACGAGGGGCCCCGCCACCCCCUCCACCUUCCAGGGCCCCAACAUCUGCACCUCCUCCCCCUCCACCAUCCCGACAAGGCAUGGGAGCCCCUCCACCCCCACCUCCAAGCAGGGGGCACCCACCUCCCCCUCCUCCUGCUCAUGCCAGCAUGCCACCCCAAGCCCCCCAGUCUCAUCCUCCACCCCCACCCCCUCCACCAUCUGGAGGGAGCGCUCCUCCCCCUCCUCCUCCUCCCCCACCUCCCCCUGGACCUCCACCCCCACCCGACAUGGAUGGCAGUGGGGAGUCAAUGCCCUCUCCUGUGGGGGGUAAAUCAGCCCUGUUGGAGCAGAUCAGAGAGGGCACCCAGUUGAGGAAGGUGGAGCAGAACAACAGGCCAGUGUCAUCCACGGGGCGUGAUGCACUCCUUGACCAGAUCCGACAGGGCAUUCAGCUCAAAACGGUAUCAGAAAAUUCUGACUCGGGCCCACCAACUCCAGCUCCCUCGUCAGGCAUAGUUGGAGCACUAAUGGAGGUGAUGCAGAAGAGGAGCAAAGCCAUCCAUUCCUCAGAUGAAGAUGAGGAGGAUGACGAGGAUGAAGACUUUGAGGACGAUGAUGAAUGGGAUGAUUAGUCCUUGUCUCCUUAUGCUAACCCCUCCCAGUAGAAUAAUUGACACUAAAUUCUCACCUUUCCAAAUUGUACUCAAAUUCUGUACAUGUUCUUUCAAAUCGCUGUAUAUUUUUGUUGCCUUUUUUUUUUUAUAAUUUGUGCAAUACCUCAUAUAAUCUGUAAAGUAUUGUCAUGUAUCCUAUGUAAAGUAAUCUCCUGGAAUAACCAUGUGAAGUUUAAAGCCAGGAUGGGUUUUCUUGACUUGUUGGUUUGAAUGUUUUUGUUCCCUCGUUGAUGAGGAAAGGGAGAUGGGCAGGAUCCUCUACGUUCUUGUUAAUUGUUGAUUAAUGAUUGAAAAUGCUAUUUUCAUACCCUACUUUUCUGUAUCUUCGAUUUUCUUAUUCAAAUCCUAGUUUAGUUUUGGUAAGAGGUUCUUCUAUCAGAAUAUUUAAUCCCGCCACCCUCCCACCCACUUCUGUAUUGUUACUAUGUAAAUGUACACUAGGCUGAUGUACUACGGUUGUUCUGUUUUGCACAGAUGUCAAAACGAAGGUCACUACAAGGCGAAGCGACAUAGGUUGCAUUCUCGCCAAUUAUUCCCUGUUCUUUUUCCUGCAAGGAUAGUGUCACUUACACUGCACGUCACACAAUAGACAGUUGAGGGUUUUUUUGUUGUUGUUUGUUUGUUUCUUGCUUUAUGAUAUUGAAAAAGAGAACGCUAUAGUUUGAACCUGGCAAAGUUGUGAAUGCAGCUUGCUUCUGGAUAUGGUCAUCACUGAAUCAUGGUGAUCAUCAUUGUGAUCAUUCCAUAAUAACAGGUUUUUAUUAAAGUCAUAUCAUGAAGAAAGCACUACACAAAGCAUUCAGUGAAUUUAAACACUUUACUAGAAGCUUUUAAAAAGCCAAUGCUUGACUGACAACUACAUGCAAGGUAAACCCAAGGUAAGAACCUCUGUGUAGCAGUUAAUGCUGUUUUAACAGUGUUUGUUUGAGUUUUGCUGUCCUUCAAGGAUUGUGCUGCAUUAAAACUAUAAAACUGACUUCAAACCUUACAAAUGGGUUGGAAUGUGGAAUGAACACUAAAUUGUAUACUUAAAUAAAUAAUAAUAUUGGUUCA